CCCACUUAAUAAACUCUGUCCAUCUGUUGCAGAUCUUGUGCAGAUCUUGUGCUUCGAAAGAAGAGAAGAAAAGGAUCAGAAAUCUGCAAUAGAAAAUGGGUUUUGAUUUCUCCUCCACAGUCAGACCCAUUUCAAUGCAUACCAACUUCACCAUUUUGAUUGUGAUCUUGUUUUUCUGUUGCAGUUUGAAUUCCACAGAAGCCUAUGACUCACUUGAUCCAACUGGAAAUAUCACAAUCAAAUGGGAUGUUAUACAAUGGACUCCUGAUGGCUAUGUUGCGGUCGUUACAAUGUUCAACUUCCAGCAAUAUCGUCACAUCCAAGCACCGGGAUGGACAUUGGGAUGGACAUGGCACAAGAAAGAGGUGAUCUGGUCCAUGGUUGGAGCUCAAGCUACGGACCAAGGCGAUUGCUCAAGAUACAAAGGAAACAUCCCUCAUUGCUGUAAAAGAGAUCCCACUGUUGUGGAUUUACUGCCAGGAACUCCUUAUAACAUGCAAAUUGCAAAUUGCUGCAAAGGGGGCGUGAUCAAUUCGUGGGUCCAGGAUCCAGACAAUGCAGCAAGUUCAUUCCAGCUCAGUGUGGGUGCUGCUGGGAGCACCAACAAGACCGUCAAAGUGCCAAAGAACUUCACGCUCAAAGCCCCGGGGCCUGGCUACACAUGUUCGCCAGCGAAGAUUGUAAAACCGACUAAGUUUUUGACACAGGAUGGAAGAAGAGCAACACAAGCUUUGAUGACAUGGAAUGUUACCUGCACAUAUUCUCAGUUCCUGUCUCAGAAGACUCCUACAUGCUGCGUUUCAUUAUCGUCCUUCUACAAUGACACGAUCGUCCCUUGCCCGACAUGCACAUGUGGUUGCCAAAACAAUAUAACCCAACCCGGAUCAUGUGCAGAGGGAAAUUCACCAUAUUUGGCUUCAGCUAUUUCGAAAGGUGGAAAAAAUAACUAUUCACCUUUGGUCCAGUGUACCAGUCACAUGUGUCCGAUCCGGGUACACUGGCACGUCAAGCUCAACUACAAAGAAUACUGGCGGGUGAAGGUCACGAUCACGAAUUUCAAUUACAGGAUGAAUUACACGCAAUGGAACUUAGUUGUCCAGCACCCGAAUUUUGACAACCUCACCAAGAUAUUCAGCUUCAAUUACAAGUCAUUAACCCCUUAUCAAGCCAUAAAUGAUACAGCCAUGCUGUGGGGGGUCAAAUUCUACAACGAUCUGCUCAUGCAAGCCGGCCCACUUGGGAAUGUACAGUCGGAGUUCCUCUUUAAGAAGGAUUCGGCGACCUUCACUUUCGAUAAAGGGUGGGCUUUCCCCCGACGUGUCUAUUUCAAUGGCGAUAACUGCGUCAUGCCACCUCCAGAUGCUUAUCCGUGGUUGCCAAAUGCCACCCCUCCAUUGACAACCACCUUGCUUCUUCCAAUCACUGCCUUCCUUGCAUACAUGUUGUUCUUGUUGGCUCACGUAUAGUCCGAAAUUUCUGCUCUGAUAAACGAAAUAUGCAAAGGGCAUUCUUGAGCUGGAAUGCCGGCAUUGACUCUGGCAAUACAAGCAGGCCCAGGUGUGUCUCCAUUUCGACAAGAUUCCACUUCUAUUUAUGGGUCAGGGGUUUGAAUUCAAUGUCGUUUCAGUUAAAUUUCAAUCGGUGUAACACGGUUUUCUUCGGCUGUUGUAAACAUUUGGAAUACGUUCUUUCGUAUGUAAUAAUAACAAUUAUUAACAGAAAACAUUGUCUAUUUGCUCU